AUGUUGAUGAUGGAGGACGACGAUUUGGACGCUCAUCAGGUUGAUUCGGAUUUUGAACCACAAAGCCGGCCUCGCUCGUGCACUUGGCCGCUGCCGUGCCCGGAGGAUUUCCCGGCUGGACUCGAGGUCAGGGGGGGUCUUCCUCUGGCCAGCAUCAAGGUAGAACCAGAGGACAUACCGGCGUGCAGAGGGGGGAUCACCCCGGUUGAGCUCAAGCACCCGGCGGCUACAGGCGCGACGCACCCCUGUCUGGCCGAUGUGAGCGGACCGCUGCGCAAAGCCAAAUCCUCGCGGCGCAACGCGUGGGGGAACCAGUCCUACGCGGAUCUCAUUACACGCGCCAUUGAGAGCACCCCGGAAAAGAGACUCACGCUGUCACAGAUCUAUGACUGGAUGGUCCGCUAUGUGCCCUACUUCAAGGAUAAGGGCGACAGCAACAGCUCUGCCGGCUGGAAGAACUCUAUCCGGCACAACCUGUCUCUUCACACGCGAUUCAUCCGGGUCCAGAAUGAGGGAACAGGCAAAAGCUCAUGGUGGAUGCUGAACCCAGACGGGGGAAAGAUGGGCAAAGCACCACGGCGCCGGGCUGUUUCCAUGGACAACAGCACGAAAUACCUGAAGAGCAAAGGCCGCAUCAGGGGCAAGAGAGUGGGUCGCCCUGGUAUUGGAGCUGGAGCUGGUGUAGUAGGACUCCAAGGAUCACCUGACCGAGGCAGUCCUCCUCAGAAAAUUCUUCAAGGUUCAGUAGUAACUUCAACUGAUGGGGAAUUUGAUGCUUGGACAGAGCUCCACUCGAGAGCCAGUUCUUCUGCCUCAACGUUAAGCGGACGUCUGUCACCAAUCCUCGCAGAAGGAGAAGCAGGAGAACCCGAGGAGGGGGUUCUGUCUUGCUCUACUUCCCCGCACCUUUACCCCUCACCGACCAGUGCCCGCUCUCCAUCAAUGGGUGCUGUAAACCACUGUCCGUCCUUGGAGCAGCUGCCGCAACUUGCCAGUCUAACCGGCGCCAUUAGCCUGGAUGAGCAGCUAAUGGAUGAUUACCAUCACCAUCAUUCACAGCAGCACCACUCAUCUGUUGGGCGUCAUAAGCACCAAAGCCCAGUCUACCACUACAGCCCUGCAGUGAAGGGCUCUUACAGUGCUGGUGUUUAUGGAGGAACUGGCAUGAGUAUGUUGCGGCAUCAUUCACCCAUGCAGACCAUUCAGGAGAACAAGCCUGCCAGCUUUUCUGGAACAAUGCGGGCGUACUCCAGCACAAAUGCUCUUCAAAGCCUUCUAACGUCAAAUGGGCAGUACUGUUCUAAAGACAUGAUGUUAGGACAGGAAAGAGAGAGCCACUCGAUGAUGAGCCAAACUAGCAAUGGAAUUGGCUCCAACCAUCACAAUCACCACAACGGUCACCUCAAUGGCCACAGUCACAACCAUAACGGACCUCAUAGCCAUAGCAGAACUCACAGCCAUACACCCAACCACAGCUCACCUCACAGCCUGGCUCACAACGGUCACGGCCUGAGUCAGAGCCACACGCCGCCUCAGGCACAAGCUCUGGCCCCCAGAGGCAGCAACAAUCAGCUGCACACCUACAACCACAAAGCCCCAUACUUGUACAGUCCCCCAUCACACGCACAUCUCCCAGCCACCACCACGCUCCCCCCCAACCCUGCAGGCAUGCUCGGUAUGCCCCAGGACUCCUGCCACGUGGCUGCUGCCCCUCAUCCACGGCAUAGUCAUUACUCGGACCAUCAACACCAAGGCAUUUCAAAUGGACAGUACCACCAUGGUCAGGGCAUGGGGGGCAGUGGGCACAGCAGCUACCAUAACUAUGACCAACACCUCCCACACGAGAGACUACCAGCGGACCUGGACAUUGACAUGUUCCACGGGAGUCUAGACUGUGAUGUGGAGUCAAUUCUCCUCCAUGAUAUCAUGGACUCUGGGGAGGAGAUGGACUUUAACUUUGACUGCUCACUGGCCCAGGGGGUGGGAAUUGGGAUGGGCAUGGGGAUGGGUGUGACUAUGGGAAUGGGCAUGAGCGGAUUGGGAGGACCACAACAAGCUCACAGUAACCAGAGCUGGGUGCCUGGUUAA